CUUUCGUUUAUGUUGUUGCCAGUUAACAUAUUAACCAGCUUUGGACGGUUACCGAUCUCGUUACCGAUUGACUUCAUUAUAUCGAAAAGAGUGAACGUAUAAUGGAAUCGCUUUGGUCGCGCCCUACCGAAAAAGUAUCUUUUCCGAAGAUUUGGUCUGAAUUUACUGAAAAAGAAUCUAAGAAUUCGGAACGUUUGGUGAAAUAUCGGAUUCAAGACCUGCCAGAUGAUCGGUUUGACGAUGCUAUUCAGCAUUUAAUGGAAUAUUUCCUACUUGAUGCUCCAAGAUCGAAAUUCUUUGGUGCUGCAUCCAAUAAAGCGUACGUGGAAGACUAUUUGAGACCUUGCCGUUGGCGAUUUCCACAAAAAACAUCGUUGGUUUGUUUCCGCGAAGGUUCUGACGACAUAGUUGGACUGAAUGUAAAUGGUGUAGCUGUGGAAAAUGAUCCUUUUGGGGAAAAAGUUGUCAAUGCGACGCAAACAGAUGAAUACAGACAGCAUAUGGCAAUAUCGAGCAUACUGUACAAACAUGUGGAGAGCCCAUUCGAAAAGUAUGGAAUUGACAAAUAUUUGAGCUGUAUGUGUUUAUCAGUAACAACAGAAUAUCGCGGAUUGAAUAUUGGCCAACGACUACUCGAGGCACAGAGACCACUUUGUAAGGCGCUCGAUAUCCAUGUUAUCCAGGCAAUUUUCUCAUCGGAUAGCUCUAAUCAUAUUGCUGAUAGAGUUGGCUUUAAGGUGGAAUCACAGUAUACAAUGGAUCAGCUUAAUCAAAUUUAUCCCGCGAUUCCGUUUAAUAAGUUUGAGACGAAGAAGUUUUCAGUGAAAUCGUUGAUCAUUUGAAAGAAAAACUAAAAGAAAUAAUCC